UUUGUAAACCAAUGACGUCAUUGUUGUAAACUACUAAAAUCAUGAGAUGGUAUUUCAAUUUUUAGAAUCUUUCUUUUUGAAUAAUUUAAAUAAUUGUCUAUUUGAUCAAUAUAUUCAAAAAAACAACCAAAAUAAUAUUAUUGCUGGAAUUGAUGAGGCUGGCAGGGGCCCUGUUCUUGGUCCCUUAGUGUAUUCUUUAGCAACUACUCCUGUUAUUUAUUUGGAUAAUUUAUCUAGUAUAGGAUUUAAAGAUUCUAAAAAAUUAACUGCUGAGACUAGGACUAAAUUAUUUAAUCAUAUGAAUAAGAAGCUUUUAAAUGAUGUAUCAUGGGCUGUUAAUAUUAUAUCACCAAAUUUUAUAUCAAAUUCAAUGCUUAAAAGAACAAAAUAUAACUUGAAUGAUUUAUCACAUGAUGCAAUUAUCAGCCUUUUAAACUCCUUUGUAUCAAAAAAUUUUAUAUAUGAAUUAUAUGUGGAUACCAUAGGCCCUCCCGAAAAAUUGCAGCAAAAAUUACGAAAAAUCUUUCCUAAAACAAAAAUUGGUAAAAUAGUUGUAUCUAAGAAAGCUGAUGACAUUUAUGUGAUAGUAAGUGUUGCAAGUGUUUGUGCUAAAGUUGUCAGAGACAAGAUUAUACAACAAUGGAAAUUUUUUGAAGAUAACUUGCAGUUAAGUGUUACACCCCUACAGUAUGGCUCGGGUUAUCCUUCAGAUCCAUUAACUAAGAAUUAUAUGAAAAAUAAUCCAGAUGUAGUGUUUGGGUAUCCAACUUUUGUUCGAUUUAGUUGGUCGACUGCCAUGAAUAUCUUGAAUUCCCAUCUUUUAUGUUGCAAAAUUAUGUGGGAAGAUACAGAAGAAGAUGAUAACAAUAUAAAUGAAAAAAAAAGAUCUAAAGUUGUUCAUUCAAAUACUCGUAUUAGUAGUAAUGGUGCUAAUAAAAAAUUCAAAACUAAGGAUCAUAAUCAAAUGGAGAUUAAAAAUUAUUUUAUGAAAGUAAAUUCAAAAUGUGGUAAUGAUGAAUCAAUUAUAAAAGAGCUUUUUCCUUCCCUUGAAUUUUUUUAUUACUUAUAAUUUUAAUAUUUAAUUACAAGAUUAAUUAAAAUAUUUGUAAUUAAUUUAUAUUGUAAUUAAAUGUUUAUUUUAUAGUUUUUGAUUGUGUUAAAUUUUUAAUUUAAAUUUCUUCCAAAUAUUUAUAUUUGAACAA